AUAAUAUAAUGCUUGUUMUUUGCAAAACAUUUYAACAACUUUUCCUUAUACAGGUGAGCUAUUUGAAAGCCAUGGACACAUUUCUGAUGGGAAGUUUAUUUUUCAUCUUCAUGUCGCUCGUCGAGUUUGUUGUAGUGCUGAACACAUCGUCUUCUCAAACAAAYAAACGYGAYACAACAUCMACGACUGAGACUUAUGGCAACCUAUCGACUAUCGAUGUUCAAGAUUCCAAGGUCAAAUCCGACCGAGAUAACAAGAAUGAGGGGCUGAACACAAUUUCAAUGAAUGGUAGCAACGACCUCUUGCCCUCKACGCCGCGUUGCCAAGACAUGCCUCGAAUUCAUGGCGCUCAUUACGUCGACACAGCUUCACGUGUGUUAUUUCCAGUGCUUUACUUGCUUUUCAUUGGUUCGUUGAUAGCAUGGUAUUCGUCAUAGAUUGAAGGAUCUCUUUUGAAAAGAAAACUGAGUCGACGUCUUUCAAUCUAUACCCAGGUAUAGAGAACAGACAAAAACUCGACUCGAGAGCACCUGUAAAGAAAAUGGACUCGAAAGCAAAAAUUUGUGGUAACACUGAGCAUUCUUACGCUGCUUCUCAUAGACUCCUUUCUCAACACUUGAAAUUUUUGCAAUGCCCAAUCUCAUUGCAUAGAUGGUCUACGAACGAAAACUUAAUUUUUUGUCGACAGACAAUCAGGAGCAUUUCUUUUGUGAAACAAGUGGAUAUUUCAUUGCUUUUAAAAGCUAGCCGACUGCACGGRCAAGGGUGACAUGCUUUUAUGGAUUGCUUACAAAAAUAAUGAGUAUUCCUAUAACUAAACCUUUGACUGUAUCAUUAAUGAAUAACAUAACAUCAAGGACAUUAARAACUCAAAAAAUAAUCCCACUUCUUUUUUCAGU